AUGACGUCUCUUUAUGCCCCUACUACAACGGACGUCAGGCAAAGACUUCGACCAUUUGGUUUCUUCUUUGAAAAGUCCUUAAAAGACUUAAUUAAGGGGAUUAGAUCAAACAAUGAGACUCCUGAAAAAUUGCAUCAAUUCUUAUCUGAAGUUCUUACUGAAUGUAGAAAUGAAGCAAAUUCUCCUGAUAUGACCUUGAAAACAAACGCAAUUUUAAAAUUAACGUAUUUGGAGAUGUAUGGUUUCGAUAUGUCAUGGUGCAAUUUCCACGUACUAGAAGUCAUGAGUAGUAAUAAGUUACAACAGAAACGUGUAGGUUAUCUAGCUGCCUCGCAAUCCUUUUAUAAAGAUAAAGAUAUCUUAAUGUUAGCUACCAAUUUAUUGAAAAAGGAUUUAAAAUACUCAGGUAGUAAUAAUAGUGACGUCAUUAAAGUGGGGAUAGCACUAAAUGGGCUAUCUACUAUUGUAACACCAAGUUUGGCAGCUGACAUUGCUGAUGAUCUCUUUUCUAUGUUGAAUAGUUCAAAUCCAUACAUUAGAAAAAAGGCUAUAACGGCUCUCUUCAAAGUGUUUCUACAAUAUCCAGAGGCAUUAAGGGAUAAUUUUGAUAAAUUCGCAAGUAAAUUAGAAGAUGAUGACACUUCUGUUGUAUCAGCAACAGUCAGUGUUAUUUGUGAAUUGUCCAAGAAAAAUCCUAAACCCUUUAUUCAAUUAUCUCCAAUCCUAUACGAAAUAUUAAUUAAUAUCGAUAAUAAUUGGAUUAUAAUUAGAUUACUGAAAUUAUUUACCAACUUAUCUCAAGUGGAACCAAAAUUAAGGCCAAAACUUUUACCCAAAAUUUUGGAAUUAAUGGAAGUGACAAUGGCAACCUCAGUAAUAUAUGAAUCAAUAAAUUGUAUUGUCAAAGGCUGCAUGUUGCAGGAUGAUGAUCAUGAAACAGCCAUGUUUUGUUUAGAUAAAUUACACUCAUUUUGUGAUUCACAAGAUCCAAAUCUUAGAUAUAUUAGUUGUUGUUCUAGUUCUAUAAAAUUGGAAAUCAACACAUCUUUUAUAUCCCAAUUUGAUAAAUUGAUAAUGAGGUUAUUAUUAGACAUGGAUGUUUCGAUUAGAUCAAAGGCUAUAGAAUUGCUAGAUGGAAUUGUCUCGCAAGAAAAUACUGAAAGAAAUUACAACUAUUUAAUGAGACAGUUUAUUAACGAAGAAACAAUCCAAACUGCCAAUAAUUCAUUUUCGUACAGUGAUCGUCAAGGAAUCUCUAUCAUUAUUCCUGAAUCCUAUAAACAAAAGUUGGUGAAAACAAUUAUUCAACUUUGUUCUAUGGAAAAUUAUUCAAACAUCAUAGAUUUCGGCUGGUUCACGAUGGUACUCAGUGAUUUAGCCACUAUCUCGAUUGAUUUAUCAAAUGAAGACUUGGGAGUCGAAAUUGGAAGACAGUUUAGAAAUAUUAUGGUAAAAGUGCCUAGCCUCAGAGAAUUGUCUAUGAGAACAAUCAUUAAUAUAACAUCCAAUGAAGAUAUCCGUUUAGGCCUAUCAUCUAUUUUAAAGGACUGUUUCUGGUGUAUUGGUGAAUUUUCAAACUUCAUUGCGAAUGGUGAUACGCUUAUCCAACUAAUCUUGAAGAAUAUUUACUCAUACCCACCUGAUGUACAGCAAAUUAUAAUACCUGCUUUACUUAAAAUAUUAGGAACUUGGUGCCAAAAUGAAACAAAUCCUAUUGACGUACGGGAUGUUAAAUUAAUUUUGAAACAAUUAAUAGAAUAUUUCGAAAGCUCAUCUUAUUCAAGGUAUUUUGAGCUACAAGAAAGAAGUGUAGAAGCUUUAGAAUUUUUAAAAUUAAGUGUAGAUUCAAUGGAAUCUGAUGACCAUGGAUUACCUCUGUUAUUAUCCGAUGUGCUCCCUAGUAUGUUCAAAGAAUAUGAAUUAAAACCUUUGGCAUAUGGUACGCAAAGACAGGUACAAUACAACGAAAUUAUAGAUCUAGAGACUCCUUUUUUAACGGAUGCGGGAUUAAGGUCUAUUUCGGAAAAUGUUAAAUACGACUAUACAGAAGAUUCUAAUUCUCUCUUCUCUGAUCUGGAUACAGAUGAAAACUCUCCUGAAGAAUUAGAGUCCUCGUUGAAUGAAGAAUACCCUCAAUCAGGAGUAAACGACCUUAGUAGGCAAGAAAAAAAGGAACAGUUAUCUAACCCAUAUUACCUGAACAAGUUAAAGAAUGAAAAGAAUAUCCACGAUAAUGAUUUAUUAAAUAUAAGUGAUGAAACAAUACAUAGUCCAGAAUCUCUCUCAGCUAAGAUAAAACUAGUCAAUAAAGAUCAAGAGCAAUCGCCUUCGCCGAAUAGUUCUUCCAGAAAAAUAGGGCGAAAUCUAAUCCCGGUAACUGUGUUGGCAGAUGAAGUUAUAAACACAAAUGGUUCUACAAGGCAAACACUCGCAUCAAAGGAAAAUACUUUUCAUCCAGCACAUUCUAAAGGUAAAAUUAAUUUCAAUAUACCUUCAAAAUUAGAAAGUUUUGAUUUUUCCUCUUCUACCAACAUUCACAGCACUGUCGAUAUCGACGAUAGAGUUGUCGAUGAUAAUGACACCUUGGAGCUGGAGAAGCUAAGAAAUAAAUUUACUGAGGCCUCUGGAGAAGAAGUACCUGAAGAGGUGGUGAUAAUAAAGAAGAAAAAGAAGAAGAAUAAAGAGCACAGAAAGUCUAAAAGUAAAAAUCAAGAAAAAUCAAGAAAGAAGAAACUAGAAAGCAAGUCCUUUUUGGAUGACGAUUAG